AUGAGUUUCCCGCGUCUCGCCGGCGAAAACUCGAAGGUGACGGGAUUCAUCGACCGCAUACAGUGCUACCUGCUAGAGAAGGUCGGCGGCACGGGCACGUCGGGCUCUUUCAAGACGCCCAACGCGGGCGACGCGGUCACGCAGACUGCGAAUGCGGCGACGUACCCGCUGAGCUUCGUCGGCGGGCUCUGCAACGGCACCGCGCUCGUCGAAAACGACCCGCAUCUCACGGGCGCGCACGGCACGCACUACGAUUUCACCGGGCGACUCGAUAAAUCGUUCUGCCUCUUCUCCGACCGUCGGUUCCACGUCAACAUGCAUCUGGAUGGAUACCAAGGCGCACCACCCGCGAUUUCCGCGUCCACGAAGUCGAAUGAGAAUAAGGAUUCGAGCACAGAGCUGCACACGUGGAUUAAGGAGGUCGGUGUGGUAUGGAUGACCCCUGACGGCGCGAACCACACGCUGCGCAUGGUUGCGUGCAAGGGCAAGCAGCGGGAGCGCGGGGAGAACGGCUUCCUCUCGCUGCUAGAGGUAGACGGCACGACGACGGUGCCUCCCAGCGUCGGCGAGUCGAUCUCGACGAAUAGCGGGCUGGUGGUUACCAAAGUCGCGGAGGAGAAAGAGGGGCCGUUUGACGUGGAUCAGUUUAGGGUGCGCGUGGCGGGGCUGGGGGAAUUGGAUGUGCGCGUGCGCGUGGCACAUCCGCUGCUGCAGACGCCCACCGAGGCGGAGGCGCACUUCAACGUGGAGCUCCCCGACGUGAAGAUGACGUCAGCCGCACACGGCGUGCUGGGGCAGACUUUCAGGAACUCGCCGGAGCAGCUGCAGCGCGCGGUGAAGUACUCGCACUUAGCGGCGCUGUUGCACCACCCCGUGGACGUGGAUAAGGCGGAGGGCAGGGGGUUCCUGGACGGCGACUUGGAGGACUACAUCUCCUCGUCGAUCAUCGCGGCGGAUUGCAAAUACGCCAGCUACGGCACCACCUCGGACGCCUAA